AUGGCCGGAGGACGGGGCAUCCCGCUGGCGCUGCUGGCUGUGCUGACCCUGCGGGGCGCGGGGGCCGUGAAAGUGGGCAACGCGAUAAUCCAGACUGACUUGUACCAGCGGGAUGAGAGGCUGCAGCAGGAGGGCGGCCAGUUCAUGUUUGAUUUCGAUGGGGACGAGAUCUUCCACGUGGAUCUGCAGAAGCAGGAGACGAUCUGGCGCCUGCCCGAGUUCGGGAAGUUCGCUUCUUUCGAGGCACAGGGAGCGCUGCAGAACAUUGCUGUAAUGAAACAGAACUUGAAGAUCAUGACUGAAAACUCCAAUCACUCGCAGGCAACCAUCGCAUCACCCGAGGUGACAGUGUUCUCUGAGGACCCUGUGGAGCUGGGGGACCCCAACGUCCUGACCUGCUACGUGGACAAGUUCUGGCCAUCCGUGAUCUCCAUCACGUGGCUGAGGAACGGGCAGGAGGUGACGGAUGGCGUCCUUGAGACCGUCUUCUACCGAGGGCAGGACUGCACCUUCCGCAAGUUCUCCUACCUGCCCUUCAUCCCCGCGCGGGGGGACUACUACGACUGCCGCGUGGAGCACGAGGGGCUGCCCACCGCCCUCCUGAAGCACUGGGAGCCCCAGGUGCCCCUCCCCGUCUCCGAGAGCACCGAGACCCUGGUGUGCGCCCUGGGCCUGGCCGUGGGCAUCGUCGGCAUCAUCGUGGGCACCAUCCUCAUCAUCAAGGCCAUGAAGAUGAACAGCGCCCGCAACCAGCGGGGCCUCUUGUGA